AUGUAAAACAUGAGCGCCGAAAAUGGUAAAAAGCUGUUUGUGAGAAGUUGCGCGCAAUGCCAUACCGUAGAUUCCGUAGGGAAACACAAAGUUGGGCCCAAACUCCACGGGCUUUUCGGCCGUAAGUCAGGUACCGCUGCCGGAUUCAACUUCUCGGACCCUAUGAAGAACAAAGGGGUGACGUGGAACGAGGCAGCUUUGACUGAAUACCUGACGAACCCGAAGAAGUUCGUUCCUGGCACAAAAAUGGUGUUUGCCGGGCUUAAAAAGCCGGCGGACGUGGCAGAUAUCAUCGCGUACCUUAAGACUGCUACAAAGUAACCAAGUAACUGAAGAAAUAUGGAAUAAGAAGUGUCUGUUUGACCAUUUGUGAAGUUAUCAACCAAAAGGUACCACAUUGUCGGUUGUCGAUAAGGUUGAUUUCAAAUUGUAGCUACAUGGAAAUAGCGCCUUGUUGACAACCGACAAUACCUGACGACCUUUUGGUUGAGAAUGACAUAUUUAGUGUAUUUAGGUACCGUAAAGAUUCUCAACGUUGCUUGUCACAAACAUUGCUGACCUGACCUUACUCAACCGCUGUUUAAGGAUAUUUAAUUCCUAUUUUUGGUCGCCUUUCUUCAAUUUAUGAAGCAUUGGGGUAACUUCGAAAGUGGGAUAAUGCUGACAUAGAUAAUAUCUGCUAAACUGUUGAAUGAACUGUCGCCUGCGGUAUUUCCGGACAGGUACGACCUUCAAACCUUCAAGAAAAGAGGGUACUCCCAUCUUAAAGGUCGGCGACGCACAUACAACCCCUCUGGUGUUGCGGGUGUCCGUGAGCGACGGUAAUCGCUUACCAUUAGGUGAUCUGUCUGCUCAUUUGCCUCCUAUAUCAUAAAAAAAAAGCAAAAAAUAACUAGAAGGAACUCGUACUUUGGUAAGACUUACGUUACUACAGCGGUUACUAAAGCAUCUUAUUUUCUUCUGCUGCAGUAGAAAGUGUUUCUAGUUUUGGAGAUAUUUGCAUUUUUCAAUAAUACCUCAUUUUCGAAGUAGCCCCAAAGCACCUUACGAAGAAUUAAAUAUAAACAGCCGUUUAUUCGAUUUUUUUGAACCAAGCAAUGUUUCUGAUUGUAGGCAAUGUUGAGAAAAGUUACGGUACUUGAUAAUGAUUACUAUAGUGUUUUUUUAUACAAAUCGCAGCCCUCAUGGUUAUAAUAUUUUGACUACAGUUCCGCACGAGUUCCAAGAAUUUUGGGGCUAAGAAAGUGGGAGGCUGUACAGUCAUCUGCAAUAAUAAAUGUUACACAACGAAGGCUACAAAAAUAUCUGACACGAUCUUAUUAGUAGAACCAUAAGAGCGUGUCACAUAUAUUUGCGGCCUUCGAAGAGUAACAUAUUAUUCUAGGUGUCUGUACAUGUUCAAUGCCUUCUUCUUUGGCAUGUCUCGGACUUCGUGCGCGAACUGUAAGUCUGGCCGCAAAGAUAGAACGAACUAUCCUAGAAUUUAAUUAAAGUUGUUUAUUUACUUCGAAUACAAUCCAUUAUGUUCGGCUUUUAAUAA